AUGCUACUUGUUUUAGGUUUAACUCUCUUCAGCCUUUCACCUUCACGGGCAACUGAAGUUUCUUAUGACAAGGGUCAGCUUUUGAUCAAUGGAGAGCCAAGAAUUCUGCUUUCUGGGUCAAUCCAUUAUCCACGCAGCACGGUGGAGAUGUGGCCAGAUCUAAUUCAGAAGGCCAAGGAAGGUGGACUAGAUACCAUCGAGACUUAUGUGUUUUGGAAUGCCCAUGAGCCCCAUCGUCGCGAGUACAAUUUCAAAGGAAACCUAGAUCUCGUCAGAUUUUUGAAGACAGUCCAGGAAGCAGGCCUCUACGCAAUUUUACGCAUUGGUCCAUAUGCGUGUGCUGAAUGGAACUACGGAGGAUUCCCUGUGUGGUUGCACAAUCUACCAGGAGUCAAGUUCAGGACAGAUAAUCAAGUGUUCAAGGAUGAGAUGCAAAACUUCACUACCUUAAUAGUUGAUAUGAUUAAAAAGGAGAAGCUCCUUGCCCCUCAGGGAGGACCCAUAAUCCUUACACAGAUUGAGAAUGAAUAUGGCAAUAUAAUGGGCCCCUAUGGAGAAGAAGGGCAAAGAUACAUCCAAUGGUGUGCAAAAAUGGCUGAAUCCCAAAAUACUGGCAUCCCAUGGCUCAUGUGUCAACAAGAAAAUGCACCACAACCAAUGAUUAACACAUGCAAUGGAUUUUAUUGUGAUUGGAAUUUCAAGCCAAAUAACCCAAAGAGUCCCAAAAUGUGGACUGAGAAUUGGACUGGGUGGUUCAUUGGUUGGGGCCUCCCUUUCCACCAGAGAGCUGCUGAAGAUGUGGCCUUCGCUGUUGCCCAUUUCUUCCAAAGUGGUGGUGUCCUUCAAAACUACUACAUGUACCAUGGAGGAACCAAUUUUGGUCGUACAUCAGGUGGCCCAUAUAUCACAACAUCUUAUGAUUAUGAUGCACCACUUGAUGAAUAUGGGCUUUUGAAUCAACCUAAGUGGGGACAUCUAAAGAGACUCCAUGAAGUCAUUAAAUCGGCCGAGAAGAUUCUUGUCCAACAGUUAGUGACACACAAAGACAUUGAAAGCAAUGUGGUGUUGUCUACAUUUAUCAACAACUCUACUGGAAAUUCAAUUUGCUUCUUGAGCAAUGUAAACAAUAACAAAGAUGUGAUUGUUGACUUGCAAAACAACGGCAAAUACUUCUUGCCUGCUUGGUCUGUUAGUAUUCUUGUUAAUUGCAACAAGGAAGUCUACAACACUGCUAAGGUCAGCACCCAGAUAUCCUUGAAGACAAAGAAACCAAGCAAUGUUGAACUCAGUUGGGUUUGGAAGGCAGAGCCUUUGAAAGAUACCCUAAAAGGAAUGGGCACCUUUACUGCAACCAAGCUUCUUGAACAAAAGGCAACAACUAUUGAUGCUAGUGACUACCAGUGGUACAUGACUAGGGUGGACAUCGAUGCAUCCUUCCCUAAAAAUGCAACUCUGCGCGUGAAUACAACAGGCCAUGUCCUUCAUGUUUAUGUUAAUAAGAAGCGCAUUGGAUCUGAUUGGCGUAGCGGAGGUGGUUUCGUGUUUGAGAAACCAGUUAAUUUGAAAAAAGGGGUUAACCUAAUAUCCUUACUUAGCGUCACUGUUGGACUAACGAACUAUGGUUCAUUUUUCGACUUGGUUCCAAGUGGAAUAGUUGGUGGUCCAGUUCAGUUGAUAGGAAGUGGUAAUGUUACUAAGGAUAUAUCAUUAAACGAGUGGUCUUAUAAGAUUGGAUUAAACGGUGAGAACAAGCAAUUUUAUGGGGAUAAUUUGUCACGCAAAAAUAAAUGGACAUCAGAAGGACUUCCCAUCAAUAGGCCUAUGACCUGGUAUAAGACAACCUUCAAGGCUCCAUUGGGUAGAAAUCCUGUGGUGAUAGAUAUGCAGGGUAUGAGCAAAGGACAUGCCUGGAUUAACGGACAUAGCCUUGGGAGAUUUUGGCCUACCAUGAUUGCUCAAGCCCCCAAAGGAUAUUCCUGUUCUGAUACAUGUGAUUAUCGUGGAAAUUACCAUGAUCACAAAUGCUUCUCUAAUUGUGGUAAUCCUUCACAAAGAUGGUACCAUGUUCCACGGUCAUUCCUGAGUGAUGAGGAUAACACAUUGGUCUUGUUCGAUGAAAUGGGUGGCAACCCAACUCAAGUUAGUUUCCAAACAGUCAUAGUGGGGAAGACAUGCGGCAAUGCAUAUGAGGGGAACACAUUGGAAUUAUCAUGCCAAGAUGGGCAGACCAUUUCCGCAAUUGAAUUCGCCAGCUUCGGAGAUCCCCAAGGCAAAUGUGGUUCAUUCAAGAAAGGUAGUUGUGAUGCUACUAACACACUAUCUGUGUUGGAGACGGCAUGUGUUGGAAAGGAGUCUUGUUUGAUUAAUGUAUUGGAAGCAAAUUUUGGAUCAAAUAGCUGCAGCCUCAACACCCCCAAGAGGUUAGCUGUGCAGGCUAUUUGCUAA